UAUAUUCAACAAUUGUUGCAGUUGCCUUCUCCACUUGUCGGAUUGUUUGAUGUUCCACCAGAUUCAAGUAACCCAUCCUCAUGGUCUCAGUCACUACUAUUAUUCCCCCCUGCCUCAUCUUGUACCAGUAGUCCAGCAUUUGGUAAAGGAUCCUGGCCGGCCCCAUUAAAAUGAGUGUGGCAGAUAUCGCAGCCUCGGAAUCACAUGAUAGUAGAUACCCCAACUACAGGUGGAGGCACUCCUUCACGGCCGCACUGGACACCAGCUUUUCAGGAACACUUAGAGACUCAUAUUGCCAACAUCACUACAUCAUGCGGGUUCUCCCUUAAUUGGAUUGAAAAUCAAGCAGUUUGUAGAUUCAUGAACAAGUUUUUCCCCUUCGCAAAUUCAAUCUCGAGUUAUCAACUCUCCAAUUGCAUUAUCCCACAUGAAGUCGAAAAGUACCAGUAAGCCGCCAAAAACUGCUGCUGUGGAAGUGAUG